UGGAGGCAGACUUGAUAAAUGAACUUAUUUGAGAUACUCUGAAUGCUCUCUCCCUCUCUCCCUCCGGUCUGCGUUCUCUCCCUCUCAGUUCUGUCCUUCCUCCUCUCUCUCUCUCUCUCUCUGUUCUCGUUUCUCUCCCCAUCUAACUCCCUGUUCUGUUUCAUCCCCCAUUUUCUUUUCUGUUUGAACUAGUGCUAGUGUGAGUGUGAGUGUGGGUGUGUGUGUGUGUUACAUCACUUACUUUCAAGGCUGCUUAUUGUGUCGGCAAUCUAUUAUUUCUGUCCAAGUCUGCAAUGAAAUACAAGAAAGGAUAUAUAAAGGGAGGAAUUACAGCCAAAUAGAGUUUCGCUGCGUUAUUAUAAUGGACACUUAGCUUCCCAGUUCCCAAUCUUCAAGAAUUCUCUCUUCUUUCUCAGACUGAGAAAGUGAAAGAGAAAAGGAGAAUGGGUGACAGCUCGCAUCAGAAACUAGCCAUUGGGAUUGAUCUUGGAACCACCUAUUCAUGCGUUGCAGUAUGGCAACACGAUCGAGCAGAGAUCAUCGUGAAUGAACAAGGCAACAGAACGACGCCGUCUUAUGUUGCCUUCACUGACACUCAAAGGAUGGUUGGUGAUGCUGCUAAGAACCAAGCUGCACUUAACCCUACCAACACUGUCUUUGAUGCUAAGAGGUUGAUUGGUAGGAGAUUUAGUGAUCCCCUUGUUCAAAGUGACAUGAAUCUUUGGCCGUUUAAGAUCAUUGGUGGUGCCAAUGACAAGCCCAAAAUUGUUGUAAAUUUUAAAUCUAAGGAAAGGCACUUUCAACCUGAAGAAAUCUCAUCCAUGAUAUUAACAAAAAUGCGUGAGAUUGCAGAGACAUAUCUUGGUACACUAAUUAAAGAUGCAGUUGUGACCGUGCCGGCUUAUUUCAACAACUCUCAACGUCAAGCAACCAAAGAUGCCAGCAAAAUUGCAGGCCUCAACGUAUUGCGAAUAAUCAAUGAACCCACUGCUGCGGCCAUUGCAUAUGGCCUUGAUAAGAAAGAGAGAUUUGAUAGAAGGAGAAAUAUUUUUGUGUUUGAUCUUGGUGGAGGUACCUUUGAUGUGUCACUUGUCACAAUUAACAAGGGUGACUUUGAAGUUCAAGCUGUUGAUGGCGACACACAUCUUGGAGGAGAGGACUUUGACAACAGAAUGGUGAACUUCUUUGUGAAAGAGUUUAAGAGGAAGCAUAAGAAGGACAUUACUGAAAGUCCGAGGACCCUUAGGAGGUUGAGAACUGCAUGUGAGAGGGCAAAAAGAACACUCUCAUCCACAUCCCUUCUAGAGACAAACGUUGAGGUUGAUGCUUUAUUUGAGGGCAUUGACUUUUGUUCAACUAUCACCCGUGCUAGGUUUGAGGAACUGAACAAAGACCUUUUUACAAAAUGUUUGGAAAUUGUGGAGAAGUGUCUUAUAGAUGCUAAGAUGGACAAGAGCAAAAUUGAUGAGGUUGUACUUGUUGGUGGGUCUACAAGAAUUCCCAAAGUUCAACAACUAUUACAGGACUUCUUCGGUGGGAAGCAUCUAUGCAGGAGCAUCAACCCUGAUGAGGCUGUUGCUUAUGGUGCUGCUGUUCAAGCUGCCAUAUUAAGUGGACAAGUAUUUGAAAAUUCACCGGGUAUUGUCUUGAGAGAUGUCAAUCCGUUGUCCUUAGGGAUUGGGGUAAAGGGUGGUCUCAUGCACAUAAUAAUCCCAAGGAACACAAGCAUUCCCACAACGAUAUCAGUAGAUAAGUUUACUACUGUGGUUGACAACCAAAAAAAAGCAGAAUUUUGUGUUUAUGAGGGUGAGAGAACAAGGGUUGGGGAUAACAACUUGCUAGGUAAGUUUACUCUGACGUUCCCCCAAGAACCAAGGGGUGUUCCUAACGUUAAAGUUUGCUUUUCUGUUGAUGACAAUGGCAUCUUAAACGUCUCUGCUGAGGAAACUAGAUCAGGUAACAAGAAUGGGACAGCCAUAAUCAAUAAAGAAGGUAGACUACCAAUGAAAGAAAUUGAAAGGAUGGUACAAGAAGCAGAGCAAUUCAAAGCUGAUGAUGAGAGGUACAAGAAGAAAGUUGAAGCAAAGAAUGCUUUGGAGAUCUAUAUCUACGACAUCGAAUCUUUUAUAAAUGACGAGGAGAUUGGCUUAAAGCUUUUACCAUCAGACCAGAAGAAGAUUAAGGAUACGGUUGAAAAGGCCUCACAAUUACUUGAUGUCCAGCAGCUUGCUGAAGUUUAUGAGUAUGAUCAUGAGAAAAAAGAGCUCGAGGGAAUCAUGAUUCCUAUUAUAAUGAAGAUGAGUCAAGAUUGGGAUUUUUCUGCCGAUCGUUCUGGUGCUGUCUCGAGUAAUAAGGGGAAAAAAUGGAAAUCCAUAGUAAAAAAUUUAGCAAAUCUGAGCAUAUGACAGGUGUGGCUGUUUCUGUAUGGACCUUGAUUAGUUUGUGUUUGUGGUUUGGUUUUUGUUGGGGCGAGGGGGAGUGUGUGCUUGUUUGUGGUUUUGACUCAAGUCUACUUCUGAGUUCAGAAUCUUAAGGACUUGAUUUCUGAUUAAAGUUAGCUAAUUUCCAUUUUGUGAUAUA